UCACUAUAAAAUCCCCAUCGUUCACCUCUAUCAACUUUAGUUGCAAAAUAUAAACUUAGAACACAACAUUAUAAAAACAAAACCGCAUAAUAUUCCCUUACCGGAAUCUCAUUUCACCAUCACCGGCCGUUUAAACUUUCACUUAUUGAUUUUCCUUUUUUUUUUUUUCAGCUCGGAGGUCAUAUAAUUAACCUCCGAUCUGAAGAAGUAGUUAAUUUUAACUGCUUCUAAUUUUUCAAAGAAAGAAAGAACUCCUGCUGAAUUUCGUGAUGGGAUUUUGUAUUUGUCCUUUGGAAACUCCAGCUAGAUUGCUGUGGAGUACUAGUUUCUUUCGCCAUAAGCUUAUGCUUUUCUAAAACUUAGUCAACUCUCUUUUUCAUACACAUUCCUAAUAAAAAAGAAAAGAACUCUGUUGUGGAGUUUUUUUUUUAGCUUUUCUGUUUCGCCGGACACAUACUAAUAAUAAUAUUCGGUGUGUAAAUAUAAUUUCUACGGCGAUCUUUUCCAGAUCAAUAUUAUUGGAAGUAUGGGAUCUGGUCAUAUAUUUUUCGACCCGUCGUCAUGUCACGGCAACAUGUUGUUCCUUGGCAACGGAGAUCCUCUUUUCCGAGGACCAAGAUCGUCGAUGCUGAAGAUGGAGGACUCCUCGAAGAGGCGACCCUUCUUUAGCUCGCCGGAGGAACUAUAUGACGAGGAAUAUUACGAUGAGCAGUCGCCGGAGAAGAAGCGCCGUCUCAGUCCUGAGCAGGUGCACUUGUUGGAGAAGAGCUUUGAGGCAGAGAACAAGCUGGAGCCUGAGCGCAAGACCCAGCUAGCCCAGAAGCUGGGGCUGCAGCCCAGGCAGGUGGCUGUAUGGUUCCAAAACCGCCGUGCCAGGUGGAAGACCAAGCAGCUCGAGAGGGAUUAUGAUCAGCUCAAAUCCUCUUAUGACUCUCUUCUAUCUGAUUUUGACUCCAUUCGCAAAGACAACGAUCAGCUCAAGUCUGAGAUUGUUUCAUUGAUGGAGAAGUUGCAGGGGAAAGUGGUUGGAGGAUCGGUGGUAAAUGAAAAAUCGGAGGCAUUGGAGGUAGAUGCCUUGACGACCCUUCAAGUGAAGGUGAAGACUGAGGACCGGCUAAGCAGUGGCAGUGGUGGGAGCGCGGUGGUAGAUGAGCAUAGUCCACAGCUGGUGGACAGUGGGGACUCAUAUUUUCACAGUACUAUUGAUCAUGAGGAGUAUCCAGGGCCUGGAGGAUGCAAUAUUCCUCCACCUGUGGAUGGUUUACAGUCAGAAGAAGAUGAUGGUAGUGAUGAUGGCAGCUGCCAUGGCUACUUCUCUAACGCCUUCGUGGCAUCAGAGGAGCACCACCAUGAAGAAGGAGAAGAGCCUCUUGGAUGGUUCUGGUCUUAAUUGAGUUUUAGAAUAUUGUAUUUCAGUUUUUUCGUAUCUACGCGCUCUUUGUAUGAUGAAAUAAGUGUUGUAAGUCCUACUUAUAAUUCAAACGUCUAUUAAUAUGCUUUUGUA